UUUUUGUUCAAUACUCCAGGAUGGUCGCCGCGAUAUAUGUUUUUGUUUUUAUUAUCUUUAUUCUAGAGAUUGUUAAAGCGGUUCCACCAGAAGCCUGUUUUGCGGAGUUUCGAUGGGAUGACUGCGGUAAACCUCCAGUGCCGGUCAUGUACUAUUGGAAGCCUGGAUCCAGGUGUGAGGUCGGAAUGUGGCGGGGCUGCUUCCCGAACCCGAACAUGUUUCAAGAUGAACAUGAAUGCAUUACCAGCUGCAUCUUCAGUGUACGAGCCAUGGCCCACGCCUAUCAUCAGGAACUGAAUCUUAAUGAAGCAAAUAUCAUGGGUCUAGAGCAGUUCAAAGAAACUACCGCUGUUACGGAGUCUGGUCUUCAAGAGACGACUGUUGCAGGAACAGAUGAAGGGAAUGCAACAGUGAGCGAAUCUCAAGGUAAUGCGACAAGUGCCCGAGAAGCGAUGAAUGCAACUAAUGCGGACUCAGCGACAACUAUAGCCACCGUCGUAGAAGCUGCGUCUAACAAAACAAAUUGAAUUUACAAAAUUCAUUUUCACUAACCGAAUUCGAAUUGGCAAUAUUUUUUCUGAAUCUAUUAUUAACGACUAAGAAAUAAUAACAGAUUUUCUUAUAGAAAAACCCGUAAUAAUAUAUCGGUCGAAUGUUUCUUACGUUGAAAAAUGUUUUCAGUAUUCAAAUUUAGAUGAUAAUUUAAAUUGUACUUAUUGUAACAUGAUAAAAAUAUUAAUUGUUUAUUGUGUUAUCUAUAAAGGUAUAUGUCAGAA